AUCGGAAUGAUUGGCAUACACUUAAUCAAGAUAAGCGUGUAAAUCUUUGAUUAAGUUAGAUUUGUGUAUUUUUCUUAGCUUUAACAUCCUGAAACAGUAGAGCAAAUAUAAAAAAACCAACAAGCAAUAUUCAAUAAAUUGAAGUCCAACAAGCAAACAGAAAUUUUCAAUAUUGUUUAAGAACAAUAUGGAAGAUACUAAAAGUCAUGAUGUAAAUCAUAGUAAAAAGUUUGUCAAAUUGAAAGACAGUGAUGAGUUGAAUAAUAGCAAAAAUUCUUCAAUUGAUGAAGAUGGAGGAGAUUUAGGUGAUCGAACUCUUAGUAAAGAUAGAUUAUAUUACCAGGAGAAGCAAUCAAGGUUUAAUAAGCGCUCAAAUUCCCUUGACUUUGAACGUCUUGGUGACGGUGAACGCAGAAGCUCAUUGUACGAGCUGAAAAACAUAGAAAACCCUGUAGUUACUAAAGGUAAUCGAAUAUCAUCUCGCACUAACCUUUUAUUUGAGCAAUACAAACGUGACAUGACCUCAUUUUCAUCAUCUGAAAAUUUAAACAUUGAAAUUGGUGACAUUAGUAAAAGAGAGCCAGUAGACAUGGAUGUUGAAGAAAAAAAAAGAGCUCAAGAAAUUAAAGAAGAGAAAGAGCGUGAACUUAGUCUUGUUAAAGCACAAUAUCAAAAGCGUUUGGAUGAUGAACAGAGAGAGUUAGAAAUGGAGCGUGAGAAACAAAGGUUGCAACAAGAAAUCAAAAGCAGGAAAUCUCUAGGUGCUGUUAAAAAUGCUUAUUUGAAAACUGCUCAAGGUGAGUUCUACAAACAUAGUGACAGUGAAGAUGAUCUUGAUGGAAAUGAUUCCAUUCAGUAUGAUAAACAUGGUGUUUUGAUUGAAAAAUCUGGUGGCAAAGAACAAAUCGUAAAAAGUUCACAUGAUAUAAACGACAUUCGUGAAAGAUUUAACAGUAUAGGUAAGAGUGGCUGGAAAAAAUCUUCAAAAGUUGACGACUUAGUGACUGGUGAUGUUAAAUCUGCAAAAAGUAUGUUCAGCAAGACUGGUGCUCCUGAAAAAAGUUCUAGUUAUGUUCGUCCUGUUCAAAAGAAAGUUCAAGACCCAGCAACCUUAAUGGAGCAGCGCAAAAAAAUAACAUAUGGAGGUCAAGAUGAAAUCCCUCAAGAUGGUGUUAUUAAAAAAUCUGUAGUUAUUGACGAAAGUGAGAUAGGUAAAACAAGUGAAACUUUACAUAUAUACAAAGGUUUAGAAUCUAAAUCAGUUAAUCAAAAAUUAUUUGAGAGAAGUUUUUCCAAUUCAAAGAAUUUGGAAGAAAAGUCUUCAUACUCUAAUGGAAGUUUUUCAGAUGUUAAAGUAGAAGACGAAGACAACUAACUAAUCAAGUAUAUUAAAAUGCUUCACGAACUUAUUUACUAUGAAAGAAAACGCUUUAACAAGUUUUACCAUGGUGACGAAUGACAACGUAUUUAUUGUAGUUGAUUGUAAAAUGAUGACUUUUCGGUUUAUUAGAAGUUAUUUCAUUA